CUUCAGACGAUCAUCAAUAUUGUGGAAAGUUCCAACGCGAGAUGUCGGCAACCUCGAUGCGCAUCCCCGUGAUUUCCAAUAUCCCGUUGCUGUCGGAGAAGGUCCGCGCGGCGCUAGCUUUAUUGCCUUCCUCGACUGGUGCAGUCAUUGACGUUGUGCCUGUAAACAGCGCCGUCCUUUCUGGACCAGGAUCGAUCGACGUGGCAACUUUGGAGUUGCUUCGCAACGCCAAGGUCAUCUUGGGUGAUCCCAAGCUUGUGAUUUCGGCCUUGCCGCAUGCCCCGCGCGUGGAAUGGGUCCAGUCAACGUUUGCUGGGGUAGAAGUUAUCUUGACUCAGCCGCGCCGAGACUUCACCCUCUCACGCGCAGGCGGGAUCAUGGGCCAGCACAUGGCGCAAUACGUCCUGGGAUGGAUCAUAUCAAAAGAGCGCAUGUUCCACUUGGCACCUGUCCAUCAGGCAAACAAGGAAUUCCGAUCCAAGGACAUGCGGUAUCGGCACUUUCAGAACGUGACUGUUGGGAUUUUGGGUUUCGGCGACAUUGGCACAGUCAUCGCAACGCUCGUGUCUACGGCUGGGUUUCGCGUCAUCGGGCUCAAGCGUUCGUCUGGAACGCCGUCUGGUACUUUGACGUCGAGAAUUCCAACGACGACGGACCUCCAUGAGGUUUUAUCCGUGGCAGACUACGUCGUUAACGUCCUCCCGAGUACCGAACAGACCCGCAACCUCCUCUCCGGCAAUGCCUUCCAAGCCUGUCAGACCAAGAAGCCUUGCUUCAUCAACGUUGGUCGCGGCGACGUGGUCGACGAAGCAUCAUUGGUCGUUGCACUGGACAAGUCGUGGCUAUCGAGUGCUGUCCUGGACGUGUUUGCAGUCGAGCCAUUGCCCGCUGAGAGUGCGUUGUGGGUGCGCAAGGACGUUGUGAUUACGCCCCACGUUGCGGCGCUGAGUAUGCCGGAGGAUGUCGCGGGGGUGUUUGCGCGAAACCUGUCGCACUUUCAAGCGGGCGAGUCGCUCGAGUAUACGUUCAAGUGGUCGCACGGGUACUAGUUCGUGCUGCCGAGAGGUAAAGCCAUGCGAUGGGAACAGAGAAUAGAUUGAUGCGAAGUGUUGAAGCUUGUCGAUGCAGAGAGGUGAAAAAGUUUUACGCCACACUGCUAAGACACUUGGACCCGAUCGACUUGAGGACCUUGCGGCCGUACGGGAUGUAGCUAGCGUUGUACCUGUAAAUCAUUGCGUCAAGGUCCAUGAUGUGUUGAACAGGAUGACUGGUGGUACCACACGGCUGCGCCGAAUU